GCCUUUUGUUUUUUGGCUCCAGCCCAACGCGCAGACUGCGUGUGUCAGUUGAUCGAGAACCAGCAACGAUAUGGGUAGCUGUGCUCAACUGCUGGGCGCCUUGAAGCGCACCCUGGGAUUGGGCAGACGUCAGCUGAACGUUGGCCAGCGUCAAGUUGUCCUGGUCACGGGCUGUGAUUCGGGUUUGGGCCACUCGCUGGCCGUUUACUGCUACAAGUCACUUGAGAUGACCGUCAUCUGUUGCUGCCACAAUCUGCAGUCGCAGGGCGCACGACUGUUGCAGCAAAUGAGCGCUGAGACGGAGACGAAGCAACAGCAACGAUUGCACACCUGGCAACUGGAUCUGCUGCACCCCGCUUCCAUAGAGAAGGUCCAACUACAGCUGGACGAGCUGUUGCACAACACGGACUACGAGCUGAUGGCGUUGGUCAACAAUGCUGGUGUCAUGUGCUUUGGGGAAUUUGAAUGGCAACUUCCGUCACAGAUUGAGCAGCAGAUCAAUUGCAAUCUCUUGGGCACGAUGAGAUUAACCCGACAACUGUUGCCGCUGAUCCGGCAACAUUGCGGACGCAUCAUCAAUGUGACCAGUCAUUGUGGCUUUCAGGCUCUGCCCGCUUUGGCGCCCUAUGCUGCCUCCAAGGCAGCCAUCCGCACCUGGAAUGAUGCGCUGCGCAUUGAGAUGCGACAAUACGGCGUCGAGGUGGUCAACUUUGUGCCCGGCUCGUUUGUGUUGGAUAGCAAUAUUGCUGCACGCCAGCAGCAGCAUGCUCAGCAAAUGCUGGAUGGAUUCAACGAGGAACAGCUGGCUCAUUAUGGCAACUACUUCCACAGGUUCAAUGAGUAUCUGAGCAUUCUAACGGGCUUCAAGCAGCCCAAUCAGCUGCGAGAUGAUGACCUGCUCGACAAGUUCAAGGAUGCUCUAACGAACAAGCAGCCUCAUUCUCUCUAUAUACACGAAACUUGGCGCUAUAGAAUCUAUCGUUGGCUCUUUAAGAUAACUCCUGCUCCUCUAACGGAUUGGCUCACGGUGCAGUUCUGUGCAAUGCCCAACUAUGAGUCCAGCAAGAGCAAUUCAUUCAAAUAGGAAUGGAAAUAGUAAUGAAGGUUGGUGGCAAUAAAGACAUAGAGGAUCCCUUAAGGAUUCAGAAUACUUUGGUUGAUGCAAA